GGAGGGCGCUGCUCGUGCAUAUUUUACCACUUUGAUAUUUUAUUGCUGUCGGUUUGUUUACUUCUGUUCGCAGUUCUCCGUUGUACGUUCAUCGGUGUUGUGCUUUAGUUAGUCACAGUAUCGGUGUCUUGGAGACGACCAAAUCGAAGUAUUAUGGCGACCACUGAAGCGCAAGUGAUUAAUGGUAAUGCAAUGCCAAUAACUGUAGAAGAAAAAUUUCAAGCAGCUCUCACUGUGAUACAAAGUCUUCCAAAGAAUGGAUCAUACAAACCAUCACCAUCUAUGAUGCUGAAGUUUUAUUCUUACUACAAGCAAGCAACAGACGGUCCCUGCACAAAGCCUAAACCUUGGGCCUGGGAUGUGAUUAAUAAAGCAAAAUGGGAUGCAUGGACAAAACUGGGUGAUAUGUCUAAGGCUGAAGCAAUGGAACAUUACGUAGAAAACCUGAAAUUGGUUAUGGCUGAAACUCCUCCUCCUACAGAUAGACAAAUUGUAGAAGCAAUGCCAGCUACGGAUAAUGUACAAGAAUUCAUCAAAAUUCUUGGAAAUUUUUAUCAAGUUGUUGAUUUGGAGCCACCGAAGCAAUAUCAGAAGUUUUCUAAAAUAACUUCAACUCCAAAAGAUGGUCAUGAUCCUACUCCACCACUACUAAAUGGUAAUGACAUUGCACAUCAUCAAAAUGGAGGUAACGGGCAUAUUCAACAUUCUGAAGAAGAUUCAGAAGAGUCUGACAAAGACGAAGAUAUGGUUAGAGUACCAAAAAUAAAUGGAAAUGAUUCUUCAGAAGAUGGAGAAGAGAACGGAGAGAGAAUUUUACCAAGUGAUAGUGAAGAUGAAUUCUGUGAUACAGCUGAAGAAAUUGAAUCAGGACACCGGAAUCCAUCCACUUCACAAUCUAUGAGUUACACUCUAGUAAAUCCCGAAGAUCCAAUUGAGUCAGAUUCUGUCAGUACAAUGGAUAGUUCAUUGGAGAAAGAACAUUCACAUCAAUAUCAUCAUACUGAUAUGUCUACCAAUACAGUGAGGCUUCGAACAAGAGGAGGCGAACAUGGGACUCGGGGUUCAGACAAGACAUCUUUUACUUCACCACAAAGUGGUCUUGGUUCGGGUGGAAGUGGAGAAAGAGGCAGCAGGACUGGCAAUAAUAGAAUGGGACAAAAUCCUGGUUCUUCUGGUGGUUCAGGCAAUGGCCCACCUUACUCAUAUUCAGAGGUUCAAAAUCAAAUUGCCACCACUUUGCUUCAGUUACAGCAAGACAUGAACAGUGUAUUGAAUAGAUUAUCAAUUCUUGAAGCUCUCACUGUUGGACAACAGGCUCGUCGAGGUCGCACUGCAUCUGGUGGUUCAAGUUCAUCGACAAGUAGUCACAGACAUAGAUCAAAAGAAAUCUCAUCUCCAUCCUGGUGGCCUUUCAAAAACAUUGGACCAAGGACUUUAUGUUUUAUCGUUUUGUGGCCUUUUGUUGUAAGAUGGAUUUUUAUACUUAAUUCGCAAGAAGUCGAUUACAAGAAUGAGAAAAUAGUGUUUGAUUGAAAGUAAUAUUUUUCUUUAUAUUAAUUUAUAUAUGCACAUGUGUCAAUUUUUCCAAUUGAUUGGCCAUAAAUUCUAAAUAAAUGUAACGUAGUCUGAUUCUCUGAGCUAAGCUUUUGAACAAACAAGUGAUUAGUAAUUCAGGAUUGUAUAACUAACAUGUUUAACUUGGGGAUAAACGUUUAUUUUUGUGUAUAAUCUUUUUUUUUUUGUUGAAAAAAAAUACAAUUUUGAAUCCGACAAAGUUUUUCAGGAUGAAUGCUAUUUUUUACACAGGUUUAAACUGUUUCAUUGUCAUUUACUACAACCCAAUUUUCCCUAAACCCUUCAAGAGUUUUUGCCAUUCAUUUUAAUUUCCUGAGGUAUUGAAGCUUCUGUAUUUAAUAUAUCGAAACCAUUAUUUAAGCUUGGCUACCUCCGGCCUCAAUGAAUCACAGAAAAAAAAAUAGCUAUGGUUCCCAAAUAGAUAUACUCCAACAUGUUAGAAAAGCACACUGUGGUGCCAUCCUAGUCUUCAUAAACCUACCUUUUUAUACAGAAGUCAGCUUUCAGAAACUUAUUGUUGUUAUUAUUACUGAUUUGGUCGUGGAGGGAGGGCCUUUACAAUGUGUCCAGGUCUCUGCCUCACACGUUGGUCUAUUUUUCAAAAUGUUAAGUGUGUAUAAAGUCUUAAUUCUCAUUCUUUUUUUGAAGUAUGUUUGUUGUUGAAGUAAGUAAAUUUUAUUGUGCAAUGAGGUGAAUCACAAUAAUACAAUUCUCA